CUGAGCUGCGGCUUGCCUGGCGGGGAGGGACGGAUGGACCGCCGUGUGUCCAGAGGGAGGCCGGAGCUGGGCAAGGCGGAAAAUCAAGUCCCGGGUCAGGGCUGCGGGUUCAGGAGGAGAAAGGCUCAGGGUUGACUCGGAGCCUCUCAGAGCCUCACACCUCCCUACCUACCCUGUCCUCCCUCUCUCGCCCUCCGGACCCCGUAGACGCUGCUCUUCAUGGCUCUGCGUUUUUUCCAACCCGAAGGCGGGGAGCUGGUGGGUGGGGUGGUUGUGAGCAGAAGAGCCCUAAGAGUUAGCUAAGUACUAAGGCCCCCUGUCCAGUUUGACAGUCUACAUUUUAGAAAUCUUUUUUUUUUUUUAAAUCUAAAACUUACUAGAUCACACGGACCUCAGAAAAGCAUGAAUUGAGGAAUUUGCUUAGAACAGAAACAUGUUGAAACGCUUAAUUGUAUAUUUUAUUUGUAGUAGUCACAAGCGCUAUAUUACAUGCGGAGAGAGAUCUGAUGGCCUUAGAGUUAUGGUGAAGUGAAAAAAGGAUGCAAGGAAUGAGAACAAGGAUUGCCUGUUGGUUCCUGAUGGCUUUUACCAUACUGACACAGCUUACGAUGGCAUCCAAAGUUGAAAAGACUCCUGCUUUACCACCGUGCUGUAGCACAGAAUCCCUCAUUUCCAGCAUCGGUCUGGGGAUCUUCUGCUUAGUAGCCGACAGACUUCUUCGGUUUCCCAUAAUUCAGCACAAUGACUGGCUUCGCGCCCUCUCAGAUAACAUAGUACACGGAGUGAUCGGCAUGUGGUCGUGGGCAGUAGUCACUGGAAUCAGGAAGAAGUCUGACUUUGGAGAAGUCCUUUUAGCGGGAUUUUUAGCGUCUGUUAUCGAUGUCGACCAUUUUUUUCAAGCUAGAUCCCUAUCUUUACAGGCCGCUUUGACUCUUCCGAGAAGACCUUUCCUUCACUGCUCCACUGUGAUACCCAUCACGGUCCUGAGUGUGAAGCUCGCCGUGCACUUGUUCAAGCUCAGAGACUCGUGGCGUUUUCUCCCGUGGAUGAUAUUCCUUUCCUGGACCUCACACCAUAUCCGCGAUGGAAUCCGUCACGGCCUGUGGAUAUGCCCAUUUGGAAAAACUCCUCCUUUGCCCUUCUCGUUUUAUGUAAUAAGCACAUUGUCUCUGCCACACCUGUGCUCAUUCCUGAUGUAUUUAACAGGGACCAGACAAACGAUGUCUUCAAAAUACGGAAUGCGUAUUGAUGUCUGAGAUGACCAUAUAUAUGGCUCUAAGAGAAGGAACUAGCUCAGAUGAUCCAAUAUUCAAGUGAAAUUUAUAAAACAUAGGCACUUUAUUUAGUUUUUACAGUUUGUGUGCCCUCUUGUCUGCGAGCAUGCUCAGUACUUGCGUGCCCCUCUUGUCCCGGAGCAUACUCAGAGCCUACGCUUCUCUUUACGUGUAGCAGUACUUGAUUUGCCCUCAUUUCAUGCUGGGUCCAGUGUUGUCGCUGCUUUGUCUGACAUUACCCGUUUUGUCUCAUUAACAUGUAAUGCAUUGUCUAGACAUCUGUCUUGACAACCAGUCCAAACCUGAUCAAAAAGCUCAAAGUUCUGGAUCACUAAUUUAUUUGGAUUUAUAUUUUUCUGAGCCACUAAGACAAAUGAAGAGGGCAAAAUAAAUAAGUUUAUGAUAAGACAUAAGUCAAGGGCUAACAAUUAUUUCAUAUAUGUUGGUCCUGACUGAAGUAAUGACAUUAAAAUGUUUUGUGGAUAGUAGUUAUUGACGAUAUCUAAAAUAAUAGCAUUAAAUCUAAGUUAUAUUUUCAGAAACCAAUUUAGGAAGUGAUUAUUAUCACAUUAUCUGUAAUUACAUUCACCGAAAUUCAUGGGGGAUGGUUAACGUCUUUGGCCAAGAAUCUCAUACUUUUCACUGAUUUGGAAAACAUGACUGGAUGUUUAAAAAUAUUCGUUGACAAAGAGCAUUAACAAAGCAAUAACUGGAUCAUCACUGAACUUAAAACACAAAAACAGUAAUGAGCAAGGGCGUCGUUUCAGAUGCAGACUGCUGACAGCCACUAAAUCUGUGCCAGUGUGAACGGAGACUGUUACAUACUAGCCUAGAAGAUGUAUGAAAUUAAUUUUUUAAAUAAUCUCUGUACUGAGAAAUAAAAGACUUUUCAAAAUAAA